GCCGCCGCCGCCGCCGCGCCAGCCCCGCCACGGGGCGCAGGUGCUUAAAAGCCGCAUUCUAGAAGAAGCGUGAAGCUGGUGGGCUGAAUUCCCCUAAACUCUUUUCCUGGAUCCCAUCUUCAUUUUCUAUCCAAAGGCGGGACGACAAAGGCAGUUUUGAUGUUUUGCGUGGCACCCGUUGGAACAGGGCCCAUCAUGAACGUCACGAAGGGCGGCCUGGUCCUGUUCUCGGCCAACUCCAAUCCCUCCUGCAUGGAGCUCUCCAAGAGGAUUGCUGAGCGCCUGGGUGUGGAAAUGGGGAAGGUCCAGGUGUACCAGGAGGCAAACAGAGAAACGAGGGUGCAGAUUCAGGAGUCCGUGAGAGGCAAAGACGUUUUCAUUAUCCAGACCGUUUCCAAGGACGUGAACACCAUCAUCAUGGAGCUGCUGAUCAUGGUCUACGCCUGCAAGACCUCAUGCGCCAAGAGCAUCAUUGGGGUGGUGCCCUACUUCCCCUACAGCAAGCAGUGCAAGAUGCGUAAGCGGGGCUCCAUCGUCUCCAAGCUCCUGGCCUCCAUGAUGUGUAAGGCAGGGCUGACUCACCUGAUCACCAUGGAUUUGCACCAAAAGGAGAUUCAGGGCUUCUUCAACAUGCCGGUGGAUAAUCUGAGAGCAUCGCCGUUUCUGCUGCAGUACAUCCAGGAAGAGAUUCCGGACUACAGGAAUGCUGUGAUUGUGGCCAAGUCUCCUGCGUCUGCGAAGAGGUACAAGGGGUGGGCGCAGUCCUUUGCCGAGCGUCUGCGGCUGGGCAUCGCCGUGAUCCACGGAGAGGCUCAAGAUGCGGAGUCCGACCUGGUGGACGGGCGCCAUUCGCCCCCAACAGCCAAAAGCGCCGCUGCCAUUCACCCAGCUUGGAGAUACCCAGUAAGUACCCCCACUCGGGCAGGAGAAGAAGCCUCCAUCACUGUGGUUGGAGACGUUGGGGGACGAAUAGCCAUCAUUGUGGACGACAUCAUUGAUGACGUGGACAGUUUCCUGGCGGCCGCAGAGACCCUGAAGGAGCGAGGCGCCUAUAAGAUCUUCGUCAUGGCUACCCACGGCCUCCUCUCCUCUGGCCCCCGCUUGAUAGAGGAGUCGGCCAUCGAUGAGGUUGUGGUGACCAACACCGUUCCUCACGAGAUACAAAAACUGCAGUGCCCCAAAAUCAAGACGGUGGACAUCAGCCUGAUCCUCUCGGAGGCCAUCCGCAGAAUCCACAACGGGGAAUCCAUGUCCUAUCUUUUCAGAAAUAUCGGACUAGAUGACUGACGGUUGCUUGCGCGGGCUUGAAGGAAGGAAAGAAAGAGAGAGAAAGAGAGAGAGAGAGAAAGAAAAGAAAGAAAGAAAGAAAGAAAGAAAGAAAGAAGAAAGAAAGAAAGAAAGGGAAAAAAGAAAUUUUUAGGGGCCAAACUGGACAUGGGACAGAAACCCAGCUGUGAAUUAUUAUUAUUUUUUUGGUGGCUUAAUCUUUGUAUUGUGUUUUUUUUUAAUUAGAUGGCUUUUAUCCCCCCUCCCUCUCCUUUCCGGUGGUUUAAAUGGAGUAGAUAAAAUCCUCAGAGCUUAUUUCCUCGCGAUUUUGUUUUUUUCGAGAAAGAGAAAAGGAUUUUAUAAAAGGUUUUUAAAAACAGCAAACAACAACCCUCUUUUCACUUCUAGAGACGGUUCAGGUUAGCUGCGCUAUUUUGCAAGCAAGACCCCUUCCUCCCUCUCCCCCCCACCCCCCGCCCAGCAGAGGUUUUUCUGCUGCAGCUUCAUUGCAAGGAAUCCAUGGAUGGUUGUCCUCUUUUUGGGGUGUGUGUGUGGGGGGGGGGGGAUUGGGGUGAUCUUGGCAGCAGGAAGGGCUGUACCUCAAGGGCAUUUAUUUCUUAACAUGGAUCCAGAACUGGGAUGGAACCAUGCUCAUCAUUUUGUCCCAGCAAGCACUCCAUUAGAGCAAUGUUUCGCAAUGUUUCUCAAAUCUUGGCCCCUUUAAGGUGGGUGGACUUCAACUCCCAGCAUCCACGCUGGCUAGGGAAUUCUGGGACUUGAAGCCCAUCCAUCCUCCAAAGUGGCCGACCUUGGGAAGAACUGCUAUAGAGCUUGAGAUAAAGGCAGCCGUGUCAGAGACGCGGCUAUUUGUCCCGUGAAAGCAGCGGGAGGGGAAUGAACGGAAGCGGCUGUUUUCAUAGGGGUUGAAUCCUGGGGAUUUGAAAUCCACCCGUCUUAAAAGUGGCCAUAAAGCUUGGGAAUGAAAGCACCCACGUCGGAUUCGGCUCCUCGUCAUUGAAAGCAGCCGCUUCUGUUCUUCUUCCAUCCCCCUCGUGCGUCUUCGCGUUAUCUUUCCGUGAGAUUCUCACAGGGCCCAUUCUCCUGCGUUAACUGGAAGACAAGGUAGCCCAUAUCCUCCUUCCCAAUCCUCCCGGCUUGCUUCCAAGUGCUUUUGUGUGUUGUUCUACAAGCUGUAGUAGUUACGGCGUGGAGUUUUGUCUCCGGGACCAGCCAAACAAGAAAACCGCACCGUUGUAUGCAGUUCCGUGUCUUUUUUCUUUUGUAACCAUGCUUUUAUAGGGGGGGGGAAAAAAAGACCACGAGGAACCUGCACUGGUAUUUAUUUUCUGGCACAAAUAAAACGACUCUGGGUUUUGCAUGA